AUGAUGCUUGUGACAGGAGUGUGCAAUACUAUCCUCAACAAGUACCAGGACAUGCAAUGUGUGAGGAACUGUGACUCGACAGAUCCUAAAGAUCAUCGUCUCUUUGAACAGCCGGUUAUCCAGACUAUUCAGAUGUUUAUCGGAGAGAUGGGCUGCUGGCUCGUUGUUCUUAUGUCCCACCUGUACAAACGUCAUCUCGCCCCUCGUUUGUUCCAGAACCAGUCGCCUCUACUAGCUGGCGGCUAUCGUCCAGUGAACGACGUUGAUGGAGAUUUGGAAGAUGAAGAUCAGACAAUCGAAGGACACAUUGACGACAAUGAUGACCCGUCGAAACAUUUGCGCUUGCCCGACGGCCGCAUACCACUUCGCGGGCUAAGAACAUUCCUCCUCGCAGCACCGGCGUGCUGUGAUAUCGCAGGCACCACUCUUAUGAACGUCGGUCUGCUGUUUGUCGCUGCCAGUAUCUACCAAAUGACGCGCGGAGCCCUGGUACUAUUUGUCGGGCUAUUCAGCGUCCUCUUCCUCCGCCGUAAGCUGUAUCUGUAUCAGUGGUUGGCGCUAUUUGUGGUGGUUCUUGGUGUCGCGCUAGUUGGUCUUGCCGGCGCCCUGUUUGGCGACAACCAGGGACACGACAUCACUCAGCAGGAUCUGGCAGCGGCCGUUCAUUCUGCCACUUUGGAAAUCCGAGCAGUUGCACGGACCCCGGAAGCCCUGAGAGCUGUUGUUGGUGUUCUCCUUAUCGCUGCUGCUCAGAUCUUCACUGCCUCGCAAUUCGUCCUCGAGGAGUGGAUCUUGGAGAAUUAUGCCAUGGAGCCGCUCCAGGUCGUUGGCUGGGAAGGUAUUUUUGGAUUCUGCGUGACCGUUCUUGGAUCUAUCAUCCUGUACUUGGGCGUGGGACGCACAGAAGCAGGGCGGUACGGAUACUUUGACGCAAAGGAGGGCUGGCACCAGGUCUUCACCCACAAGGCUGUGGCCAUCUCGAGUUUCAUGAUUAUGAUCAGCAUUGGUGGCUUCAACUUCUUUGGCCUCUCAGUAACCCGAACCGUCUCCGCUACCUCUCGCAGCACGAUCGAUACCUGCCGUACCCUCUUCAUUUGGCUUGUGUCUCUCGGUCUAGGCUGGGAAACCUUCAAAUGGCUGCAGGUCGUUGGUUUUGCGCUGCUCGUCUACGGAACCUUUUUGUUCAACGAUAUUGUCCGCCCACCGCUCAAAGCUUGCCUUCCUAGAGAAGACAGGGAGAGGGUGCUCUUGCCAGAGGAGCCUAUCGAGCACAUUUAG